CAAGCAUAUCUUUGCUGAAACUUUCAAAUGGUUAUAACUUAUGAAUACCAACACACCAUUUUGAAUCGCAAUUCUUUCAAACUGUCUGUCUCUCUCUCUCUCUCUCUACCAAUUCAAUUAUGUCAAUCUCCCAGAAUUUUUUGUCCUGGAUCAAUAUGCAGAAGCACUAAAUUGAUACAAAGCAGCAAGUCGAAAACCCUUCCAUUUCAAUGGCUUCAACUUCAACGUCUUCAUCCUCUUCACAAAGCUCAUCCAUCUUGGAUGAUCCAUCAAAUCCUCUGUACCUGCACCAUGAAGAAAGCCCUGGUGCUAUGCUUGUGUAUCAACCUCUCGUGGGAGAGAAUUACCCAACUUGGGCUAGAUCAAUGCGAAUGGCAUUGAUUGCCAAAAACAAGUUAGGGUUUAUUGAUGGCACAUUGACUCUCUCAUCUCCAAUGGUCAAAACACCAUCAACAAUUCAAGCUUGGAUUCGCUGCAACAAAAUGGUUGCUUCAUGGAUCCUCAAUUCUGUUUCUCAAGAAAUUGCUACAAGUAUAAUCUAUAGGGACACUGCUCUUGAAAUCUGGAACAAUCUCAAGGAGAGACUUUCACAAGGAAAUGGACCACGAAUUUUUCAAUUACGGAAGGAUAUUGUUGGUAGUAUUCAAGGACAAUCAUCAAUUACUUCAUAUUUCACUCAAUUGAAGGUUUUGUGGGAUCAAUUGCAACAUGUUCGACCUUUCCCAGUGUGUUCUUGUGGAUCUUGCACGUGCAACUUAGGUCAAAAAGUCAGUGAUCUUCAACAUCAAGAUUUAGUGGUACGAUUCUUAAUGGGUCUUAAUGAUUCCUAUUCUCAAGUUAGGGCACAAAUUCUGUUGAUGGAUCCUCUCCCAUCCAUCAAUGAAGUGUACUCCUUAUUGAUUCAAGAAGAAAGGGAAUGCAGUGUGAAAAAAAAUUUAGAUCCUCAUAUGGAAUCAACAACCCUAGUUACUAAGGUAUCUUCUUCUGCAGGAAACAACAAUAACAAGAACUCUGAGGGGAAAAAUGAUUCCACUUGCAAUCACUGUGGAAUGAUGGGUCACACUGUUGAGAAGUGUUACAAGUCAGAGGGAAAGAAGUCCACUGUAGUACACCAAGUCAAUCUUCAAGAUGAACAAGUUGAAAAGAAUUCUACUUCUGCGUCUACCUCAUUUUCAUUCACUAAAGAGCAAUGCCAACAAUCCUUGGCUACGCCGGGAACUCAAAUUCAGUCAGUCAAUUUUGAUUUUGCUAGUAAAGAACACAUGGACAACAAUGUAAUUCAGCCAGCCACUCACUCCACUUUUAUGGCAGAAUUUGUUGCCAACAACAGCUCAGACCCCGGCAGUUGGGUAAGGAAUGGAACAACAAACCCAAUUCCAAACUUCUCUAAGCAGCUUUCCAUUGCAUCACUCUUCCCAGCCUACAACUCUGACACUGAAACUGAUGCUAGUUCAGAAUCCAACGAAAUACCUCCAAAAUUAUCUCUUUAUUCUAAUUCCAUAAUGUCAUUCUUCCCACCAGCCAGGUCUCAAUCAGACAGUAGUAAUUCUGAAAAUCAUGAAAUAAUUCCCACUGAUCCUUCAAUAUCAGCAAGCCCCAUACACCCAAUCCGAAAAGUUACCUUCAAAGACUUGUUUGAGUUUCGUAAGUGGAAGAGCAGUAAUAGUGCAGAAUCUAAUGGAACACCUCCGAAAUUCUCUCAUUCUAAAAAAAAAUCCAUUCUGUCAUUCUUUUCCACAGCCAAGUCACGAACAAACAAUUCCAAAAAUGAUGAGACAAUUCAGAUAAUUCCUAGACGCACACUCCUAACACCAAGCUUCAAAGACCUGAUAGGAAUUGUGGGUAAGAAAGAAUAUCCUUUGCAAAUGCUACUUGAAGCCACCAACAACUUCUCAGAAUAUCACAAGAUUGGAACGGGUAGCUUUGGCUCAAUCUACCGUGCCACUUUAAAUGAUGGCCGAGUAGUGGUUAUUAAGCGAGCUGAAAUUUCAAAGUCUAAACCAUAUGAAUCAUAUGUGAACGAUUGUGAGUACCAUGGCAAUGCUUUCCUAAGUGAAUUGGAAGCUUUGUCCCGCCUUAGUCACAAGAAUCUUGUUCGCUUAUUGGGAUUUUGUGAGGAUGAUAAUGAGCAUGUAUUGGUCUUUGAUUACAUGAGAAAUGGUAGCCUUCAUGACCAUCUUCAUAAGCUUCCAAGUACUCCUCUAAUGUCAUGGGUUACCCGGAUUAAAGUGGCACUAGACAUAGCUAGAGGCAUUGAGUACCUGCAUGUAUAUGCAGUUCCACCAAUCAUACACCGCGAUAUCAAGUCGUCCAACAUAUUAUUAGAUGCCACAUGGACUGCCAAGGUGACUGAUUUCGGCCUAUCUUUGAAGGCCCCCAUGGACGCUGAGUCACCCCUUUCACUUCUUGCGGCUGGCACUGUUGGUUACAUGGACCCUGAGUACUAUAGGCUUCAACAGUUGACCACUAAAAGUGAUGUGUACGGGUUUGGAGUAGUAUUGCUAGAAAUGUUGUCCGGGUACAACGCAAUUCAUGCGGAUGAAAAUGGUGUCCCACGGAAUGUCGUUGAUUUUGUAGCGCCAUACAUCAUCCAAGAUGAAAUUCAGAAGGUUUUGGACCCAAAAGUACCACCACCUACCCCAUUUGAAAUAGAGGCAGUGGCAUAUGUUGGGUACCUAGCAGUAGAUUGUGUAAGUCCUGAAGGUUUAAAUCGCCCCUCAAUGACUGAGAUUGUAAAAAGCCUACAAAGAGCCUUGGACGCAUGUUUGGAUCCAGAUGCUGAAUAGUGUUCAUUUCAUGAUUAGUUUAACUGUACUUAAACCAACUGAACGUUAACAUUAAUGUUAGGUGGCGUGGUAGAUGGAUGUGUUUGUGGCAUUCCUCGCAGUGGAGGUGAUGAAGCUACCGGCCAAAUAUAAAUAACUUGACAUUAAUAGUUUUCAUCUGUUUAUGAUAGUUCUUAAUCCUAAUGUAAUCUUGAAUGUUAAUGAAUUUUCCUUUUGGUA